GUUUUUGUGCAGAAUGUUCAAAUGCUUUUCAUCACGCCUUCGCUUCAGGCGGAUUUACAAAAGCCAGCUUCUGAUAUUGCUGAUUUUUAUUAUGUUGGUGGGAUUUUUGAAAAAUCCUACCUAUUUCCUGUGUUCCUCAAUCGGCAGGAAAUUGGAAGAACACAAACCGACUAUUAGCGAAUACUCCGAAGAAACUAGUCCAGGCAGCAGGCAAGAAGAAUUUAGGGAACUUUCGAGUGACACACAUUAUUUUAGCAGUCUGGUUCCGCUAAAAAUGUCAGAAUUGCCGGGAUUACCUUAUAUUUUCCCCAAUGGGUCCUUCAUGCUUGGGCCACAGGAUCAAAGGAAUUUCCCAAUACAUCCCGAAGAAUCUCCAGGAUACGACCGACUUUUGGAACAGAGUCUUUUCAAUCCAUCCGCAGCACAAAAUGCGGAAAUGAAAACAAUAAUCGUCACUUCCGGGUUCGGGUGGUUCCGGUCUGGACGGGAACCCUUUCUUCGUUGUCCAGUGAAAAACUGCUUCCUUGGGAGACCCAACGAGGUGUUGCUAGAAGAAGGUGAUCUGGUGGUCUUCAUCAAUGAUGUCUUUAUGCAGAGGACACACAAACACAGCCAUCAAACAUGGGUGCUGUAUAUUUUGGAAAGCCCUUUGCAUGCUCAUGAAAGAUCCAGCCCAUCACACUCAGUAAAUUGGACAGCUACUUACCGCUUAGACUCUGACAUUGUCACGCCAUACUCCAAGUGGAUGUACUUUGAUGAACGGAUUCAAUCAAACCCAAUAAUACUGCAUAAUCUUGCGCAGAACAAGACUAAGAAAGUGGCGUGGCUUGUGUCCAACUGUAAUGCAAAGAAUGCACGUAUGCUGUAUGCUCAAGAGUUGAGCAAGUACAUACAGGUGGACAUUUUUGGUGACUGUGGACAGCUGAAGUGCCCAAAAGAUAAAUCAAGCCAGUGUCUUGAAAUGCUAAGAAAGAAUUACAAAUUUUACUUGUCUUUUGAAAACAGCAACUGCAAGGACUACAUCACAGAGAAGUUCUUCCUCAAUGCGCUCCGGAACAACUUGAUACCAAUCGUCAUGGGAGCAGAUAAGGAUGAUUACCUGAAAGUCGCUCCCUUGAACUCGUUCCUCCACGUGGAUGAUUUUGAUUCGCCAAAAGCGCUUGCUGAAAAACUGCAUGAAAUUGACGCCGACGACCACAAGUUUAAUGCAUAUUUUGAAUGGCACGGUACCGGGGAUUUCGUAGACACCAACUUCAUGUGUGUGCUUUGUGGAAUGCUUCAUGACCCAGAUAAAAGGACUAAAAGCUACGAAGAUACUUUGACUUGGUGGCAUGGGAAUGCUUGCAAACACAAAAGUGUGGGGUCGAGAGAGUGCGUGGAGAAGCCCGAGCGUAGCAUCCUCGCUCGGGCUCCACAUAUGAAAAAGUACGACGCCUCCGGAACCAAGGUCCAGCAUGGCACCCGGUUACCGCCUGGCGGAACCGGGAAAAGGAGAUACACAAUGAAAGGCAGGGCGAAUGACGCCCGCGCCAUCUAUACGGCGGACACGAAACUGGGUUUGGAGAGCAGGGCGGGAAUCACAUAA